AUGCCACAGGUUGAUACAGAAACAAUAGUUCCGGUAGGAGGCGCCGGCGAUCGGAAGAUCGGGUCCGAGACGCUGGAGGACGGGGAAUACAAGGCGGAGGUAGAUCCUGAUAUUCCGGACAGCUCUCAAUUCGUUCCACCGGAGUCAUUUUGGCUAUCCAAAGACUCUGAAUUCGACUGGUUUGAUCGUAAUGCUUUCUUAGAGCGAAAGGAAUCAACGAAGGCGUCGAAUUCGAAGAAUUUGAAUCCGAAUGUAAAUCCAACCUACUCUCAUUCCAACUCGCAGCGUUUUUCUGUGAACUUGAAAUCAAAAGCCGCGAUUCUCGGUUUGCCGAAGACGCAGAGGAAUACUCACGUUGAAUCAAAGUACAGGCAGUGUAAACCGGCGAACAUACGGCUGUUUCCAAAACGAUCGAGUUCCGGCGGAAGGGCGCCAGGAGCUGUACCGGUGACGGAACCGUCUUCUCCGAAGGUAUCGUGUAUAGGAAGAGUCAGAUCGAAGAGGUGCCGCAGCCGCAGGAGGUCAUCUGUUGCGGCUACUCGGUCGGAGAAACCUGUAGCUGUAAUUCAACCAGAAAAGACCAGUAAAGGACAAAAAAAGGGUAUUAUCUCUCGUAUAACGUCGUUAUUCCGCUCCGAAGGUUCCCGCCGGAGAAAAAACAACAAAUCGUCGGUGAAAUUGAACGAACACUUAGAAAAGUCCGCCUCAAGAAGGAGCAGCGUCACAGUAAAACCGGUCAACAGUGAACCAGCAACACCGUCAGCUCCACCUGCUUUAGGAGGCAUGAAUCGAUUCGCUUCCGGCCGCCGUUCAGAGUCCUGGACCGAUAAUAUCGACAUCGCCGGCCGCCGAUCGACGAGUUAA